CACAAAUUGGAAAAUUUGUUAAAUGUAGGCUAAAAAUAGGAAGCAAACACCUUGAUUUUAGCACCAGUCUCCAUUUGUGUCAUGGCUCUUAGAGGUUGUAGGGUAUGUGACCCACAGGAACAUGAAUUUUUCAAUGUUCCAUUCAAAAAUAUCAAAAACAUACCUUCAUGAAUGAAUCACACGGCACGUGCACCAAAUUAAGGACAGGUCCUCUAACUUACUUUGCAAGUGACAGCUGUCAGGAGUUUGACACAGUUUGAGGGGCAUCGUGCAUCUCCUGUAACAUCAACAUGUCCCCGAACUCUAUGGAAAUUAACAUGCCAAGAAACAAAAAAGCCUGCGACAACAUCCGAGACGGUUUGGGUUCAUCAGAAACAAAAAACAUCAGAAUGGCCGCAUCAUUGAUCGCCCCCUUUGAAUGUUACACAAAUCAUUGCAUGUUCUCCAAGGAUGCAUGAAAAAAAAAUCAUUCUUUGAAUGUGUUGGAAUAUGUGGGGUGUCCGUGAAUAUUACUGAUAAGUACCAAAUGUGAGGAUAUAAGGAAAAAGGAGAGAGCAAAAUGAUUGGAAAAGAUAGCGGUGUGAUGAAGGCAUGGGAGGCAACGAUGAGAAAGACGCAUGCAGUUGCGAAGAAGCGUGCCAACAGUAUAUUUGGGACGAUAUCUUUGUCACAGGUUACGGAAGAAGAAGAUAACCAGGAUGAUUAUGACGACGACGAUGAGAAUGAGAACGAGGUGUACGAGGUGUACCUUGAAGAGAAGGUUCUACCUAACGGGGAUUACUACACGGGGGAAUGGGCGAAUAACUUCCCACACGGGCUAGGGAAAUACCUGUGGACGGAUGGGUGCAUGUACGUUGGAGAUUGGUACAAAGGGAAGACAAAGGGAAAGGGUAGGUUCAGUUGGCCUUCAGGGGCGACAUAUGAAGGGGAGUUCAAGGGUGGUUACAUGUGUGGGACAGGGACUUACACAGGGUGUAGUGGGGAUACUUAUAAGGGGCACUGGGAACUAAACUUGAAACAUGGUCAUGGUUUUAAGAGUUAUGCGAAUGGGGAUUGGUUUGAUGGAGAGUGGAAGAGGGGUUUGCAAGAUGGGGAGGGGAGGUAUGAGUGGAAGGAUGAGAGCCAUUAUGUGGGGGAAUGGAGGAAUGGGAUUAUUUGUGGUAAAGGGUCAUUUGCUUGGGCUAAUGGGAACAAGUUUGAAGGGUUUUGGGAAGAUGGUUGGCCAAAGGGGAAUGGGACUUUCAAGUGGCCAGAUGGGAGUUUUUAUGAGGGGAAUUUCAGCAAGGAUGUGAAGGAUCCGAAUGGGACAUAUCAUCCAAAGGAAUCAGAAUCAGAAGAGGGAGAGGGAGAGGGGCAUAGUAAUUGGGAUCCUCAAGAGUUGUAUAAUGAUUUGAGUGCUUAUUUGGUUUGCCCUGGGGAGAAGGCUCAGGUUAUGCCAUCACAGAAGAGGCUUGCGGUUUGGAGGUCUACAAAGGCUGCUGGGGAGACUUCUAAAACUAGGAGAAUGUCGGUGGAUGGAAGGGUGAGUAUGGGCUUGGACAGACAAGGUGAUAGGUUGUUGGAUGGUGGGGAGAGUGAUGGCAGUGCUAAAACUCCAACCAUGGGGAGUGAUCUCGAGGAAGAUUUGACUGCUUUACGUGUUGAAGAUGCUGCAGAAAAUUCGGGUCAACUCCAACCUCUCAAAGCACCCAAGAAGUCAAAGAGGGUGGGAGAGAGCAUUGGCAAAGGACACAAAAAUUAUGAGCUCAUGCUCAAUUUGCAGCUCGGACUCAGGCAUUCUAUUGCAAGGCCUGCUCCCACAGCAUCACUUGAUCUGAAGCCUGCAGCUUUUGAUCCUAAGGAGAAAGUGUGGACAAGAUUUCCACCAGAAGGAUCCAAAUACACUCCACCACAUCCAUGUUGUGACUUUAAGUGGAAGGACUAUUGCCCGGUAGUUUUUAGAACUCUUAGGAAGCUAUUCAUGGUGGAUCCGGCUGAUUACAUGUUAUCCUUAUGUGGAAAUGAUGCACUUCGCGAACUUUCCUCUCCUGGAAAAAGUGGCAGCUUCUUUUACUUGACCAAUGACGACAAAUACAUGAUUAAGACAAUGAAGAAAGCUGAAGUGAAAGUUCUAUUGAGACUGCUUCCAUCCUAUUACAAUCACUUUCGAGACUACAAAAAUACUCUUUUGACAAAGUAUUAUGGCCUGCAUUGUGUGAAGUUAAAUGGGCCUAUUCAGAAGAAGGUUCGGUUUAUCAUAAUGGGCAACCUCUUCCGUUCUGAGUUUAUCACCCAUAGACGCUACGAUUUGAAGGGUUCUUCACUUGGACGAACCUCAGAUAAGCCUGAGACAGAAAUUAGUGAAACCACUAUACUUAAGGAUCUUGAUCUUAAUUUCAUAUUUCAACUGGAGAAGUCCCAGUUUGAAGAGUUUUGCAGACAAGUUGAUUUGGAUUGUGAGAUUCUGGAACAGGAGGGAAUUAUGGACUAUAGUCUUCUAGUGGGCAUUUAUUUCAAAGAUAUUUCGCCAGAAGGAGAAGUUAUUCCUAUACAAUCUCGAACUCCUGCUGCUUCAGCUUCAGGUGAUUUAGAAAAUGAAGAAAAUCCCGACACCACAAGUGAAGCCAAAGAUGAACCUCCUUCUGAUCCUCCUCCUAGUGUGACAUUGGGUAUGAACAUGCCAGCAAGGGUUGAAAGGACAGUGAGAAGAAGUGGUUGUGAAUUACAGCUUAUAGGAGAACCAAUUGGAGAGUUCUAUAAUGUUUCGUUGACUUUUGGCAUCAUAGACAUACUCCAAGACUAUGACAUCAGCAAGAAGCUUGAGCAUGCCUACAAAUCCAUUCAAUAUGACCCGACUUCAAUAUCAGCCGUUGAUCCUAUACAAUAUUCAAGGCGCUUUCGUGAUUUCAUACUUAGAGUAUUCACUGAAACCUCUUGAAAGGUAUACAUGGUUCUUUCUAUUUCCUUAUCAGCAUGGUUGCAAAUAUCCACUGCAGAAAGUGCUGCAAGUUUCACUGCUGGUUGGGAAGGGAAAUUUUGGUUAUACGAUCGAGAUUAAGAUGAUUUUGGACACUAAUUGAACCCUAUUCUUUAUUGUACCUUCUUAAUUUCCUACAUUCUUUGUAUAGUUCGGACGUACAGUAUAAAUAGCAUAAGUGAAUACAUGAUGGAGAACACUGUAACAAGUAGCUAGAAUAUAUUACUGUAUCGUUUAUUAGUAAUUCUUUUCUAAGAGAAGGGUGACAUGGAAUUCCUAUUUCAUUGGAAUGUGUAUACUAUAUAGGUGAAUGGA